UGUACAGCUCACAGCGGCUUGGCCUUUGUUAGCGAGUCGGUAAGAAGAACCAAGAAAGCAAGAGGAGUCGCAUUCAUGCACUAACAGGGAGGAAAAUGAUCAUCUGUACAAAAAAUAUGGAUUAUCGCCUCGGAACCCAGUGCCAGUUUGUUCAAAAUCAGGUGAUGGUGAACUCUGAGAAAGACCGUGCUUCUCUGUUGUGUGUGAAGGCUCUGGCCAGCAGGGGGCGUCUGGACACAGUUUCUCAGCAGAUGGCUUCCCAUCCACAGUACCUGGAGAGUUUCCUGCGAACCCAGCACUACAUCCUCUAUAUGGAUGGCCCAUUGCCUCUGCACUACCGCCAUUACAUUGCCAUCAUGGCUGCGGCACGCCAUCACUGUAGGUACUUGUUAUCUUUGCACUCGGCUCAGUUCUUGCGAGUAGGAGGAGAUCCGUUAUGGCUUCAGGGGCUGAAGGCCGCCCCCCCUCGUCUUCAGCACCUUGACCAUAUCAACAAGGUCCUGGCCCAUCAACCCUGGCUCACGGCACACUCGCACAUACAGGAUCUAUUAAAGACAGGAGAGCAGUGCUGGUCUCUGGCUGAACUGGUUCAGGCGGUGGUUCUUCUUGCCCACUGUCACUCCCUAUGUAGUUUUGUUUUCGGUUCGGGUUCUGAUUCAGACAUCACAGCGACUCCCAGAGUUCCUCACGGCACGCCUCCCGGCUUCUGUCUCUGUGACGCUGCUAAUGGCAACACAGCCUUAUCACCAGCACCUGCUGCACCCACAGAAAAAACACAACGGAGGAAGUCCCUAGACUCCAGCGGCGAGGUCUUUUGCCUUCGAGAGCAAAUCCAAAAGUCACAAGAGGACCGAAAUGGAGAUCUACCCCAUUCACAGACACUCCCACACACAGAUGUGGGAGAAGAGGAGGACGAGAUGUGCUCCACAGACCCCUCCCGCUUCGUCACAGACCCAGAAUUCGGCUACCAGGAAUUUACCAGACGGGAGGAGGACCAUUUCCAAGUAUUCCGAGUGCAGGACUACUCAUGGGAGGAUCACGGCUUCUCGCUGGUUAACAGGCUCUACUCCGAUAUAGGCCACUUGCUUGACGAGCGAUUCCGAAAUGUGGCUUCACUUCCUUUUCCUCAUAGCCCUGACCUCAAGAGAGCCAUCUGGAACUACAUUCAUUGUAUCUACGGCAUUAGAUACGACGAUUACGAUUAUGGAGAAGUUAAUCGAUUACUGGAGCGUGGGUUGAAGCUUUAUAUAAAAGCUGUGGCAUGCUACCCUGACUCAAGCAAGACCCCUCUUUGCCCGCUGUCCUGGUCCCCCGUCAAAGCUUCAGAUAAGGUCCAUGUAAAUUUACUAGUGAUGGAGGCACGCCUGCAGGCCGAGCUACUUUAUGCGCUUCGAGCCAUCACCCAAUACAUGAUCGCGUAGGCAGAAGUAUUCGGUGUCACAGAGGGACAGUGUGACACAAUCGAAUGGUACGGUGAGGGGAAGAAGAAAGAUCACUGACAACAAAGAAGCAGAAACAAAUCUAACUGUAUUUGUUGGAUCUGUGAUAUAUGCCAAGUUUACCUGGGUGGCGCAAGGUACUGCUGUGAAACAUUUCUUUGCCAAAGGUGAAACUUUAUGAAAAAAGGUGCAAAACAAUCUUAAUGCCAUUGCAUGUUUUUCUUCUCCUUUAUUUGUGUUCCUAUAGCGUUUUGUGAGUCUUUCUUUUCUACCUUUUUUAGUGUCUUUAUCCCGGAUGGUUAAUGUGCAAUUUUUAUUCAGUUAUUAACAUUUUCUUAUUUGUCUUGUUUUGCUGUUCAAUUGAGAGAGUCCAACUGUUCGAUUGUUUUUUUUUUUUUUUUGUAAAGGUCUCUAAGCCAAUUGAGUCACUGUUUACAGAGUAUGAGUGAGAGGACAAAUGCAUUUGCUUAACGUGGCUUCCAUAUGUUUCAUUUGAAUGUUAAACAGUGAGUUCAGAGCAAAAUUUAACAAAGGGUAGGAAAAAAAAGCUGUUGUGUUGUUUUUAAUUAGCACUUUUAAGACAGUAUCUAUGUGUAUCUCAAUAAGCUUUGUACUGUGGCUUCGUUCAGCACAUACGUUUAAGUCUAAGUACUGUUUUUCGUUUAUUCAUUCAUUCAGAUAGAUUAGCAUUGAUGUUGUGUGCUAAAUUCACCUCUGUGUAAAGAAGGAUGUGGGUACAUUCACACCUGGUCUAUAGAUUCAUCUCAGUAAUAAUAAACCAUUUUAUUUUUAAAGCACCUUCCCCAAGCUCAAGGUCGCUGUACAAUAAACAAAACACCCUUUACAAUGUCAAGAUUGGAGCGGAGUGGAGGUUACUAAAUUACUUUAAAUACAUUUGCUAUCUUAGUAAAUAAUAAAACAUCUUUGCAUUGCUAAUUAAUUUAAAUCCAAAUAAAAAACAAAGAUUCUGUCAUCAUUUACUCACCUUCAAGUUGAUGCAAACCUGUAUACAUUUUAUAUAGAUAUUUUGAAAAAAAUUUGUAAGCAAGCAGAUCUGGGGCACCAUUGACUUCUGUGGUAGGACAAAAUAAUACUAUAGAAAUCAAUGGUGCCCCAGAUCUGUUUGGUUGCAAACAUUUGUCAAAAUAUCUUCAUUUGUGUUUAGCAAAACAAAAUAAUUUAUACAGGUUUGGAACAAUUUGAGGGUGAGUAAAUGACGACAGUAUUUUCGUUUAUGGGUGAAGCAUCCCUUUAAAUCCAAAUGCUGAACCAUAAGUAAUAUGACACUUAGUGAUUUGUCUUAUGAUCACUGAGAAGCAUUGUGCUGGCAUUGGGUGUGAAGUAUAUCAAUUAUAGAUGUGAAAUCAGUCGGCAAUAAUUAGGACUUGUUUUAAUUUUUUUACCAUGUAAAAAUAAGUCACCUUGUAGUGUUUGCAAGAAUUAAGAGCUUGGAAUAAGCUAUUGAAAAUAUGUGAUUUUAAUGUUGACAUGCUGGUGUAGAUCAAAUGAAGGACUGUUGUGACAGACCUACAGAACAGCAUUGUUUUGUCAAUGUGAAUGGGUUCGUGGCCAGCCUGUCACACCUGCACCGUUGUUUUUGCACUGAACCUUUUGCACGAACCCUAAAUGUGGUUGAAUUGCCUCCUUUAGCAGCUCUUAAUAAUAUCAAUCCCACCGAUGCCAUCUAUAAUAUAAAACGUUUUUGUGGGACUGGCCAAUUACCUGUACUGUGUUAUACUCAAUACGUUCUAGUUACGAUAGUCUAGUUCGCAAGACUAUGUUGUGUAUGUAUGUGUGUGAGUGUGUGUUAAAAAUUGCAUUAUUUUUGUUCUUGUUUAAGUGUCUUUUUGAGAAAUGACAAUGGUGUUUAUUGGUUCCAUCAGAAAUGUGAUCAGAACUUAAGAACAUACAUGAGCUUUUGAGUCUUGGCUCAUCAGUAUGGCUACACUGGACUGGUCUGUGAACUAAGCCUCAUGCAACUACAUUACCAGUAAUUCAGACUGGGAUUGGAAGAGGAAGCGUUUAUUAUCAAAGCCUACUGACAGUAAAAAACACCCUACGACUAACAUGCUGCUCCACAGUGACAUAUCUUAAGGAGCAAAGUAGGACUGCUGUAUGAAUGGCCUUCUACCUUAAGCAGAACUGUCUUAUAUGCUUGUUCAUGAAUGGCAGUCAGCUGCAUCCCUGAGAUGCGGAGACUUCCACCUCAGUUGUGUACUGUGGUGGAGAAUGAGCGAGCAGGCAAUUGCCAAAAUGUUUAUUUACCACGUAAAUGUAGGAACUAUAAAAAAUUUAAAAUGACCAAAAAAAAAAAAAAACAUAAAAAGCCUGAAAAACAAGCAAAAAACUUUUGAAAUGUGAAAGCUUAUUUUUUCUAUAAAG